AAAAGGAAGCAAACGGACCAUUGGUUGUGUUUGCUCUGGAUUCCAUCUUCCUCCUCAGCUCCUCCUCCUCACAACCAGCUUCUUCCUCCUCCACCUCGCCCAAUUCUCUCCUCCACGGCUCCACCUCUGCUCGAUCGGAUCAAGAUCAGAAUCACGAUCAGAUCGAUCCGCCCGCCAUGAGCACGCUAUCCGCCGGGGUCCUCCUCAAGCUGCUCGACGGCAUGAAGGCCGGCGCAGCCAAGCCCGUCGGGGAGCACCGCACCGCGCUGCUCCAGGUCACCGACAUCGUCCCCGCCGACCUCGACGACAAGGACCUCCUCCCCCGCCAUGGCAAGUUCUACGUCAAGGUCUCCGACUCCUCCCACUCCAUCUACGCCACCCUCCCGCUCCCCCAGGCCGAUCUCGUCCUCAGCAACAAGCUCCAGCUCGGCCAGUUCGUCCACCUCGACCGCCUCGACCCGGGCUCCCCCGUCCCCGUCAUCGUCGGCGCCAGGCCCCUUCCCGGCCGCCACCCGCUCGUCGUCGGCACCCCCGACCCGGCCACCCGCGCCAAGCCCGCCGCGCCCAGGAGGGGCUCCUGGGGCCCUGAGAACCAUGCCGGAAUCCUCGCCUCCCCCAGGGUCAUCAAGCCCACCACGCUCAACUUCGAAGACAGGACGCCCGUCAAGGAGAGACCGCCCGCGCCCUCGCCGGCGCGGAGCACCGCCUCCUCCCUCAGGAAGAGCAGCAGCGUCCUCCCCAGGAUCACCAGGAGCAAGAGCUUCGUCGCCGACAGGGCUCCUGACCACCCCAAGAUCCCCAAGAGCCCAUUCCCCGCCGAGAAGAUCUCAAUGAGCUGCUACACAGCUUCGCGGGCGAUGAGCAGAAGAGCGCCGCCCAAGGAGGAAGAACCCUCCUCACCGUCUUCGGAUGAUGAGCUCUGCAGCUCCGCGACGUCGUCCAAGAAGAGGCCGUCCACGAGCACUCGCGUUCCGGUGCCCGGGAAGCUCAAUCUCCUGGGGAAGGAAGCCAUGGAGCAGAGGGAGCAAGCUCAGAAGGCCGCCCUCGAGGCGCUGCGCAACGCCUCCGCCACGGACAACGUAGUCAGGAUCUACAAGAUGUUCGCUGAAUUGAGCAAGACGGCGAGGCCCGACGCACCGGCCACCUGCUUCGAGAGCUUCCUCAGCUUCCACCAGGAGGCCGUGCAGGCCGUGACCGACAUCGAGUCGAUCCAGGCGGCCACCUCGAUGGCCGGCGCCGUGGCAGCCGAUGAGCCGCCGGUCUUGCAGGAGAUUGCGCAGAACAGGUCGUCGUUGUCCAAGAGGAGAGGAGCCCUGGGCGUGUCCAAGUCGGUGUCGUUCGCGCCGGGCACGCUGGAUGACGGCGGCGGCAAGAACCGGAGCUCCAACGCCAGCAGAAAGUGCCUUGUACUAGACAAGAUCGGAGAAGACGGCGACGAGAAGCGAUCUUCUUCUGGUAGUACUACCACCGGUGCUCUCGGGUCGUCGUUGAGGCUGGCGAAGCAGAUGCAAUGUGAGGCGUCGAGCUGGUUUAUGGACUUCGUGGAGGCUGCGCUGGAGACUGGCCUGAAGAAGAAGAGCAAGGCGUCGGCGACGGCGGAUGGGCGGAAGCAGAGUAGCUGCUGCUGCCCGCAGUCGCUGAUACUGAGGGUGAUCAACUGGGUAGAGAUGGAGCAGAGUGGCGAUGGCAGCAGCAGGAAGCCCAGUCACCCGAGAGCGGCUGCCAUUGCCAGGAAGCUUAGGAUAAAGGCCAAGAACCCUUAAUUCCUGCUAGUUUAUUCUUUUGCUUGUUGUAGGCAUUGAGAAGGUUAUCUGUAGAAUCUGUAGAUCAAGGAAAGGAAGUUCCAGGAUAGAGAUGCGGAUUCUUUUGCUUCAUGGUAUAUGAAGCUGUUCUGCCCUCCUCCCUGUGACAUAAAUUGACAUCCAUACUAUACAGUAGUCAAUCAGCCACAGAAGGAAGAAAACACCUCUGCUUGAGCAAGUGCUACGCUCUAGUUUGAGUACAAGUAGUACCAUCCGUUAUUAUUCAUUUUAACUUGUUUUUUUUAUCAUUGUCUUAUCUUGUGUUUUGCAUGAUGGGGGUAAGACAACCAUUUGCUUGACUAAUUCAACCUGCUUUCGCGGUGAUAGAAAUUGUUCUGAUCACGUGGCAUGAA